AUGGGUACUUUCCCCACUUCCGGCACUCCACGUGAACUUGGGGAACUUAAGGGCUUAGAGGAUGCAAAUUCGCUUGUGGGCCAACAAGCCCAAUUAGCAAAGGAACAAAUGGAAGUGACUAGCCCAAUUAAGUUCAAGGCUGGGCUUAAUGAAGAAAAAGAAAAUAUGCCUGAGCCUACGGGAAAGGAGACAGUAAGGAAAACAAAGGCAGAGGCAAACUGGAAAAGAAUUGCUAGAGAGAAAGGAAAGAAAAAAAGCCCAGGCUCAGACGUCCAGCCUGUAAGCAUUGGUUCAAAGAGAAUGGGGAAAUUAGUUUUUGAAGAAGAAGAUAUUGAUGAUACACAUAAGAGGCAGUGUAUGGAAAUAACUACAACUCAAAAUCAUUAUGACGAGGGAUCGGCGGUGGCUGCAAGGCAGCACCGCCGGGAGCCAUGAAUCCCUUAAGUUGGAACUGCCGGGGACUUGGGAACCCCCGGUCAGUUCGAGCGUUGCACGAUAUGGUGCGACGAUGGAAUCCCAAAGUAGUAUUUCUUAUGGAGACAAAAGCUAAAGUUCGACGAAUGGAGAGAAUAAAAUGCAGAAUUGGUCUUGCUAAUGGCCUCAUUGUUCCCUGCGUUGGCAGAAAAGGUGGUCUGGCUUUGCUUUGGGCUAAAGAGGUAGACUUGGAAAUAAAGAGCUACUCUCAGUACCAUGUAGAUGCAGUAAUUAAUGACAUGGAGCACAGUUUCAAAUGGAGAUUGACGGGCUUCUACGGCCACCCGGAAACGCACAGAAGGUAUGAAUCUUGGCAUCUUCUUGCCUUUUUAAAUAAUCAAUUGCAUCUCCCAUGGUUAUGCUUAGGAGACUUUAAUGAGAUACUGUCUAACACAGAAAAAUUAGGGGGUGCUAUUCGAUCUCAGCAACAAAUGGAUAGUUUUAGAAAAGUUGUAGAUUACUGUGCUUUCCAAGAAUUGAGUUACUGUGGUUCUGACUUUACAUGGUGUAAUAUGCAAGGGGGGGAAAACAGAAUAUAUCUAAGAUUAGAUAGGGCCUUUGCCAACCUGGAAUGGGUAGAAAAUUUUAGGGAAAUGAAAGUUCAGCAUUUACCUGAUUCUACUUCUGAUCAUAGUGCCUUGCUGGUUUCGGCCCCUGUUUUUCACCGUCUAGCCCAAGCAAAGCAGUUCCACUUUGAGUCCAUGUGGACAAAGAAUGCAGACUGUAAAUCUAUUAUUGAAAACUCUUGGGGAAUGAACCUGGACCUUAGUACUCCGGAAGGGGUAAUGGCUAAUCUUAGUAAUUGUGCUGCGGAGCUGUCGAAGUGGAGCUCUAGUGUAUUUGGGCAAAUUCCAAAGAAGAUUCAAGCAAAAAGAAAUGAGCUGAAUUCUUUGACGCUCCAAGACAGAGAUGGGGCCUUUAGUUCUGAAAUUAGCCGGAUAAGGAGAGAAAUCAAUGACCUCUUAGAUGAUGAAGAGAUUUAUUGGGGUCAAAGGGCUAAAGCACUUUGGCUUAAGGAGGGUGAUAAGAACACAAAGUUUUUUCAUGCCCAAGCCUCUGAAAGGCGUAAACAAAACACCAUAACGGGGAUAUGGGAUAGUCACGGCAAUUGGUGCAUUGAACGAGACAGUAUUGCUCAAGUUGCCAUUGAUUACUUUGAGGAUAUAUAUAAGACGGUUUCCCCAACCAAGAUCCUGGAGGUUACUGCUGCCAUUCCUACAAGAGUGACUGAGGAGAUGAAUGAAAGCCUAAACAAGAACUUCACUAGUGAGGAGGUUGCCACCGCCCUCAAACAGAUGCAUCCCACAAAAGCUCCCGGCCCGGACGGCAAAGAGGGCUAUAUGGCUGCCAAACUCGAUAUGAGUAAGGCGUUUGAUAGAGUUGAGUGGUGCUUUAUUAAGGCAGUUAUGGAGAAACUAGGCUUCAGCUCCAAGUGGGUGGAUCUUGUUAUGAGGUGUAUCACCUCGGUAUCAUAUUCUGUUUUAAUAAACGGGGCUGCUUGUGGGAAUAUUACCCCUUCUCGUGGGCUCAGGCAAGGGGAUCCUCUCUCCCCAACUCUCUUCCUUAUAUGUACUGAAGGGCUUUCUGCUCUUAUUCAUGAGGCAGCCCGAAACCAUAGUUGGACAGGCAUUUCUAUAUGUAGGGGCUGUCCAAGAGUCACUCAUUUGUUAUUUGCGGAUGAUAGCAUCCUCUUCUGCAAAGCUAGUGUUGUGGAAUGUCGAGCUUUGAAGCAAAUACUCCAGAACUAUGAGGAAGCCUCGGGCCAGAAAAUUAAUACCGAGAAAUCCUCCAUUUUCUUUAGCCCCAAUACAUCUCAAGAAGUCAAGGAUGAGAUCUUUGCUACUCUUGGCCCUAUGCAAGACUCAAGACAUACGAGAUACUUGGGCCUCCCAUCCCUCAUUGGUAGAUCGAAGAGACAAAUCUUCUCUAUUCUCAAAGAGAGGAUUGGCCAAAAGUUAGCCGGGUGGAAGGGUAGACUUCUCUCUAUGGGGGGUAAAGAAAUCCUUAUAAAAGCAGUUGCCCAAGCCAUUCCCACAUACACUAUGGGGUGCUUCCUUCUUCCCCAAAGCCUAUGUGAAGAAAUUGAGAGUAUGAUGAGAAGUUUCUGGUGGGGCCAAAAGCAGCAAGAAACAAAGAUGUGCUGGGUGAGCUGGAAAACUAUGUGCAAACAGAAAGCAAGUGGUGGAAUGGGGUUCAGGGAUCUACAAGCUUUUAACAAAGCAAUGCUUGCUAAGCAAAUAUGGCAAAUUCUACAAAACCCAAGCUCUCUUGUGGCUAGGAUUCUCAAAUCAAGAUAUUUCCCUGCUGGAGAUAUCCUAAAUGCUAAGCUUGGCAACUCCCCAUCAUACUCCUGGAGAAGCAUUCACAGCAGCCUUGACAUUAUUAGAGAGGGAACUCGUUGGAGAGUGGGUAACGGGAAACUAAUUCAUAUAUGGGAUGACAAAUGGAUGCCAAACCCGUCCACUUACAAGGUCAUUUUCCCUCCAAAUGUCAUCCCCGAAUUCCCAAUGGUCUCUUCUCUCAUAAACCCAAUGACAAAAUGGUGGAAUGUGGAUUUGGUUAGGGCAACCUUUCUCCCGUUCGAAGCAGAAACAAUCUUGAAGAUUCCUCUAAGCCGCACUCUUCCAGAAGACAAAAUUAUCUGGAUUGGAAAUAGGCGUGGAGAAUUCUCAGUCAAAAGUGCCUAUCAUGUAGCCCACGGCCUGAGGAGAGCAAAUGAUCAUGGUGAAAGUUCUAAUGGGGAUCCUUGUAAGCCUUUGUGGAAGCGGCUUUGGCACCUUCACUUGCCAACAAAAAUAAAGGUGUUUGCUUGGAGAGCUUGUGUCAAUGGUCUCCCUACGAUGGAAGCCAUCUCUAGAAGAGGGAUUUCUCAAGAUAUGGUCUGCCCUGUUUGUGGAAAUGAUGCUGAAUCUGUUGAUCAUGCUCUUCUUAGAUGUGUUUUCUCUUCCUUGGUUUGGGACUUUUGGCUUGAAAAUCCUCUUCACACUCAAGGAUUUAAAAAUUCCUUCCUUGACUCGGCUUUAUCUAUCCUCUCUCACUCAACUCUUCAAGAUUUGGAGAUCUUCUUUGCCACGGCUUGGGCCAUUUGGUCUAACAGAAAUAAUAUUCUGCAUAGGGAUGGUGGCCUUUCUCCUUGCCAAGUUUGGCAUAGAGCAAGAAAUGUAGUGGAAGAAUUUACAUGCUCUGCUAGUUGGGAUUUUGACUUUGUAAGACCUGCCUCUUCUAGAUGGAGCCCUCCUCCUCCUGGAGCUUUUAAAGUUAAUGUUGAUGGUGCUUCUUCAGAACAAGAAGGUUCUUCCAGUGUGGGUGUUGUUAUUAGAGACUCAAAUGGUCAAGUAGUGGCUGCUCUGUGCUUGCCGCUUCAGUCCUAUUUUUCUGCAGAGCUUUCGGAAGUUUUUGCUUUGGAGCAAGGUGUCCUUUUUGCUCAAGAGCUUCAGCUGCCUCGGAUUAUUGUUGAAUCUGAUGCUCUGACAGUCAUCCAAGCAGUUAACGAUAAAGCUACAGGGAGCAUUUUUGGCCAUCUCAUUCAGGGAAUUCAUCAAGUUUGUGAGUCUUUUGAAUCUUGCCAUUUCAAGUACUUGAGCAGAAGUUAUAAUUUAGUGGCCCAUGAGCUCGCACAGCAUGCUAGAAGAACUGGAAAUUGUCAAAUAUGGAAGGGCGUUGCCCCUCCCUUUAUUCUGUCUUUUCUGCAAUCUGAUAUGCCAUCUAAUGUGUAG